CAAUAUAACAUUGCAGAAGCAGCUGAAUGUAUGUAUCAGCCCACAGGAAGGGGAGGUGGCUAGCCAUCUUUACACAUGUUUCUUUGACCAAUGAGGUGACGGUUGCAUUUAUACGCCCUGUAGGACGCUUUGCGGGCGCAAUUGGCACUUCCUCCUCCUUGGUUUCUCUGCUGGAUUUAUACAUUUUUUUCUCUCGCUGCGUGUGCUGCUGUCACUGGCUGUCUGCCGGAACCUUGGGAGGACAUGGCGGCGGUUGGGCUCCGAGCGUCUUACCACCGGGCUCUGGAUAAGAUAGAACUCAUGCUGCCGUCUAAACUUCGGCCCUUAUACAAUCACCCAGCAGGACCAAGGACCGUAUUUUUCUGGGCUCCAAUAAUGAAAUGGGGGUUGGUGCUUGCUGGAUUAGCAGACAUGACAAGACCAGCGGACAAGCUUAGCCCUGCUCAGUCUGGAGUUUUAAUGGCUACAGGUCUCAUAUGGUCUCGUUACUCCCUUGUGAUUAUUCCUAAAAACUGGUCUCUGUUUGCUGUAAACUUUUUUGUUGGCUGUGCAGGCGGAUCCCAACUUUUUAGAAUCUGGAGAUACCAUCAAGAACUCAAAGCAGAUGAUAAGAAAGUGGAGCAGUGAACAAUUUUGCGAAUUGGUUUGUAGUUUUACUAAAGUGAUUGCAUCCUCAAUGCAUUGGUGCACAAAACAAUGUCUAGGUGUACAGACUAAGUAUAUUAUUCUUAAUAAAUAGCCUCAAUUGUUUUCUUGUAUUAAAUGUAUUGAAUUUCUGGUUCAUCAAUAAUAAAGAAUUACAUUUUAA